GUCCUCCGCGGCGCGAGACCCCGAAAUCAGCUCGCUUUUACCCUUCUGGCGAGUCGCGGAAUCGUUUCACCGCCUUUCCACCCGGCCCACAUCUAGGCGACCUCCGACUCCCAUCUUCAUGGCGUCGCUUCUGUGCUGUGGGCCCAAGCUGGCAGCCUGCGGCAUCGUCCUCAGCGCCUGGGGAGUGAUCAUGUUGAUAAUGCUCGGAAUCUUUUUUAACGUCCAUUCCGCUGUGCUAAUUGAGGACGUUCCCUUCACGGAGAAAGAUUUUGAGAAUGGCCCCCAGAACAUAUACGACCUUUAUGAGCAAGUCAGCUACAACUGUUUCAUCGCUGCGGGCCUCUACCUCCUCCUCGGAGGCUUCUCUUUCUGCCAAGUUCGGCUUAAUAAGCGCAAGGAAUAUAUGGUGCGCUAGAGCACUGUCGCGUGUACCCUCGUCAGCCCCCUCUUCUAUUUAAAGACUCUCCCCACCCCCUCCUGGUCUUCCUUCUGGGGCUGGCUGUCACCUGUGCCUCCAGCCCCCUCGCCUUUUUCCGUACCACAAUAAAGAGAAACUGCCCUCUUAA